AUGAGAAGGAACGGGAAGGUCCUAACAUUAGACUUUUCCAAAAGACCAGAGGAAGAUGACUGGGAAUGUCUAUCUACUUGUAGUAACAUACCCGGUAUAGAGGCUACAAAGGAUAAAAACAAGCUGGUGAAUAGUUUUACAAAAUACCAUUAUAAACAUAAUAGUGGAAAUACAUUUACUCUAAUUACUAGUCUAGGUGGUGGACAUAAUUUAAGAGGACGUGGAGGGAAUAUCCUGGAGGUAACAGUUUACUAUUGGAACAGCGGUGAUCAUACUCCAAUCUUGCUUGGAAUUAAAGAUAAAACUGGUAAGACUAAAUACUAUUCCUACACUACAACUAGUUUUAGAGGAACAAAACAGAGUAACUGGUCACCUUCUGGUAAUAAUGACAAUAAUUCACUUGAAUACCUACUAGAUUGGAGAAACUGUAGUUUCCAUGCUGCCAUCCCCUUUGACAUACAGAAUCCCGCUGACCCAUCUAAGCUUUAUACUGAUAAAAAAGUACCUCCAUGUAUGAAUAAUUAUAGAAAUAUCAGAGAAUCUGAUUCUCAGUCUCCAAAACUUACUAUUCUCGGAUAUGAUGUUAAGGAAUACACCGUCCACAAUAAUGAUAAAAAUCCUCCUGGCAAGUUUAUCGGUACAAAGAUCUCCAGAGUAACCUAA